GACAAUUUACAAAAUCGCAAUAUCCACUCCCGAAGCUAGAGACCCUUGCUUCUUGACUAUUAGAUGUCUAAACGGCAUUACGAGGAUGGAUUAUACGCAUUACACGCACCUCGUCCCUCAAAACGUGGGCGCCUCCCGAAUGGAAUCAAUCGCAUUUCCACUCUGAGCGAUGAAACUUUACUCCACAUUUUGUCCUUCCUACCCAUUUCAUCUUUAAUAGUCUGUCAGCGUUUGUCCUAUCGAUUCAAUGCUUUGGCUCAGGAUUCGGAGUUGUGGAAGAGACAUUACUAUUACCGGUGGGUGAGACAGCCACGUCGUUAUGCAAAUUCCAGGCAAACUGUACUUCCGGUGGUCGAGUAUUCCCCAAAAGUGUCAUCAUGGCUCAAUCAUAGCCACUUGGCAAAUGCAGGAAUACGUAUGGAUUGGAAAGGCCAAUAUCGUCUAAGACACAAUUGGUCCAGAGGCGUCUGUCGUGUGACUGAGGUCGAGCUUUCUCAACCCUACCUUCGACCUGCGUUGAUCGCUUUUUGCGCUGGCGUCAUCUUCACAGUAGAUCAUGACUCCCAGCUUCGAGCUCGGUCUACUCAAAGUCCUGCAUUUUGUCUCGCAGAAAUCUCAUUGACAUGUCCCCGGGCGCAUCCAGCUGCCUUGCCCACGGCGGUGACAGCAAUGAACGGCUCUCGCCCGAACCUCAUCGAGAUUGCUGUCGGCUUCGAAGAUGGUCAUUUCGGCAUAUAUAACAUGGAUACAACUUCGUCGCCGCUGAGGAUAUGCUUUAAUAGCGCUGGGUCGACGAACGGUGCCAUUACUGCAAUGUCUUCAUUGUACCCCUACCUCCUCUUGGUGUCACAUCAUAAGGUCUUAUCGCUAUUCAGACUGGGCACAGAUUUUAGUGUGCCUGUCCACCUGUUGCCCAGGGAACCUACACUUUUAUCAUCUCUCGAGGCAGACAGCAUCAUGGAGCCGAUGUCACUUUCGGUUCGUUCGGCUGGCUCGGAUGUUAUAACUUCCAUAGUGUACAGCUUUUACCAUGCCGGCUGUGGUUGGUCUUUGGGCAUCCAGGAAUCACUGUUCAGCUGCUCGACUGGCUUGCAGAAGGAAACGCGGCUCACAACAACCGUGGAUUCUCAAUAUGGAAUAUGCACCCCACUAGCUCACAGCUGCUCAGGAACGGACCAGUCGUGCAGUUGGGUCGAGACAAAUAGGAAGAACACGUCUCGCUUGAGGCCAGCCGAACCCUCUAUACAUCAUCAGGAAGCCCCGACUUCUGUGUCUUAUUCGCAUCCUUAUUUACUAUCAUCACACACAGACAAUACUUUGACCGUGUACCUGGUUAUGUCCACGUCGGCGGGCUUAUGUAUUAAAGGUGCACAGCGUCUCUGGGGUCAUACGUCCUCAGUUUCAGCCGUGCAGGUGAAUGAACGUGGCAAGGCAAUAUCGGUAAGCUCCCAGGGAGAUGAGAUCAGAGUUUGGGAACUCGAAGGCUUAGUCUCAGCCUUUGGGAGGCAACGAGCGCGAAGACACGGAAAUAGCAUUCGAAUUUGUCCAGGAAAGAAGCAAAGUGAUAUCAGUGACCUCACGCCGAGUUCCCGGGCCAAGGACAACUCCCUGCCGAAUACUACACAGGGCCCGCACAGUAUAACCAAGAUAAGUGACUGUAUUAGAUUCGAUGAUGAGCGUGUCCUUCUGCUGCGUGGCAAGAAAAUCGACGGGCAGAUGUUGAAAUCAUAUGAUUUCACGUGAACGGGCCAAGGUCGAGAAGUCCGGUAAGGUCCAUGGUCUUGCAAUGAGCGGUUCACUUCAGUCAUGGAGACUCUUCUUGUUGACGCUCAUGGAGCGUUGAGAUAGAUUAUGGACCGGCUAUAUUUCAGGUGAAAUGCAAAGUGAUAUUUGGUAUCAGCUCACAUAGGAAAGAAAUUGUACCUAGCUCAGGGAGGACCUUGGGAGGGGUCACCUCAAUUAGUAUUUAUAUGAGAGUACUUUAC